AUGGCACCGCUGAGGACGGCAAGUGUGCGCCACAGGCCAAGUGUAAGGUUGAGAAGUCGGCGACUGUCGUCGGUUAGAGACAACCACCCUGAUCCGGUGGGCGUCCGUUAUGAACAGACAAAACAGGCACAACCGCCCAUUCUGCUCCCGCCACUACCUCCUCGUUGCGUCUCGAUUCGUCCGCGCGCCUCGACCACUCCCACUGUUGCUGUCUGCCCAGCAAUCCCGCCACCGCCGGAAGACCACCCGCUCUUUCGACUAGAGCCUCAUCUCCGUCCCGACCCACCGGCCGUCAGCAUCGUGGGCGACGUCGAGUCAAAGAGGGAUUCGUGCGCGCCGACCUUAUCGUCUAUCACGCUACGGGGCGAUAGCGAGCGCGACGGCAUUUUGCCUGAUUCAAAGAGCAUUGAGAAGGCGUUGGAUAGCCCCUGCUCAGAAUUUGCGACUGACGUCAAAGAAAGUGAUGACGACGACAAGGGCGUGCACAAGCCGGAAAUAGAAACAUCAGGGAUCGUCGCGGCCGAGCUGUGCAUUCCUUUAGCAACCGCAAGAGCUUUGGCGCUAUCGCCGGCGCCGGCGACAUUACGGUCAUUGAUAAGAGCGUCAAGAUCGAUAGCUGGCACGACGACAUUCAGCAUCCGGGCCAGUGUCCGGUCGAAGUCGAUGAUGGAGACAAGCAGGAUCAGAAGGCGGAAAAGGGCCCUUGGAUCGGUUGGCGGAGAGGACGACAGGGACCAGGUUGCAUUUCCCGAAGCGGAUGGAUCCUCCAGGGAGUCGACGGCCUCAUCUAGCACGUUCCCCCCCGGCAGUACCCCUUACGCUAGAGCGUCUGCCAGUGCUUCUACCGCCGCCAUGCGGGGCUCGCUUGGUUCAUCCAAAUCACCCAAGACGCUGCAAAGUCCCCCACGCCCGCAGCACGGUAGCGCAGGUGGCUCAUCAACCGGCAACUCCUUGGCCGUCACCGUCGGCGCUAGCAGGCCGGGCAAGGGGCCAGACACCAGCCAGCCCUCCCAGGCUCUGGGCAUUGCUUCCACUGGUUCUUUUAGUUCCCCUGCCCCAACCAGUCUUGGAGCUGACAAUGUCCACGGCCCCUUCAGUCCAAUUAACACGCUCAUCUCCCAGGACCGUCUUGCAGUCGACUUUGGCAACUUGUACUUUUCAAGCCGCGGCAGUAUCAUGUUUGGCGGGCAGGCUCCGGUCGACAACAGCACGCAACGAGACGACGAGCUGGCAGACGCAGCAGCACAGGGAACCGACGGCCCUACUCCUCCUACACCUACCAGCACGGCGCAUGCAGCAGCAGCAGCAGCAGCAGAAGCAGCAACACCAACCACACCAUCACCACCACCACCACCAACAGAACCUCUACUAGCAGCAGCAGAAGCAGCAGCAGCAGCAGACUUGGACCACCACCAUGAGACGGACAACCAAGGGGAAAGGGAGACAGAGACAGCCAGCUCCAAAUCAUCGCGCCUCAGUGACGCCUCGGGGCUAACACGCCCAUCCAUCGCCAUCAAUGAAGACCCGACGUCGCCCUCCGCCCCGCUGCCCAGUAUCCGCGUUAUGCCCAUGGACGUAGAGAGGGAAUCACAAAAGGUGAGAUCGCUCUAUGAAUCCAGCGAUGGUUGGCUAGAUGGCGGGCGGCGCGUCUCGUUCGCUGGCGAUAUUCCGCCUCUACCCUCAGAGGGAGACCCAUCAGAUGUUGUAGACCCUCCCCGAUUACAUGUUCUGUCCUCGAGCGACUGGGCCGCGAGCCACAUUGCGCCAACACCGCCCACAGCACCCUGGGUCAGUUCUUCGUCGCUACGGGAUGAUGCUGCCAGCUAUCACCGGCCUGGUGCUAGGAGAUGGGGCGAGCACGAACGCGCCGGCGGGCUAGAAGAUUGGGAGAAUCUGGAUGGAGUUGAAGUUGACCGCUAUGGCUUCAUCAAGGAGAGGCCAGCAAGGCGAGAAACCAGCUACAGGCCAGAGACGAGCAGGACAGUCAGGCCAGGAUCCAGGUCAAGACACUUCUCACCUAGGAGAAGAAACGUGUUGACGAAACGGCCCGGUUCGGCUUAUUCCUCGUCACCCCUCGGUCAAGGCCUUGUUGGAGGCCCGCCGAGCAGAAAGGUGUCCGCGCGAUCCCUACACACUUUUGACUCGGCAUAUUCAAACGCAUCCCGAAGAUCUACACGAUCGUCUUUCCGGUCCAUCGCCAAUCACCUACCACCCAACCGGGACCGGCGAUGGAUGGACGAGGCUGGGGAUAUGCUAGCGUUUCCGGCGGGGGGGUUGACCGACAUCCUGGAAUACGCAGCUAAGAUGACGGGCAAGAAAAGCACCGAAGCCCUGAAGAAGAAAGAGUUGGAACGGUCCGAAAAGUGGAGGAAAAUGGCAAAGGUCAUUCAGAGAUUCCCGCUGGAAGACGGCGGUGAGGGCCAAGCCCGCCGCGAAAGUCAAGGCCAAGGUCAAGGUCAAGGCCAAGGCAUGAACUUUGAGUUCGACACGAAGAACCCCAAGCUUAUCGAGCGCACUUGGAAAGGAAUUCCAGAUUGCUGGCGCUCCGCAGCUUGGUUCUCCUUCCUCGCAACAAGUGCAAAGAAUGCCAAUAGUCCCGAAACUGAUGGGGUGCUAAUCACAGCGUUUCAGAGAUUGCAGGACAUCAGUUCACCCGACGACGUGCAGAUUGAUCUCGACGUUCCCAGGACGGUCAAUGGUCACAUCAUGUUCCGGAAGCGAUACCGUGGGGGCCAGCGUCUACUGUUCCGCGUUCUACACGCCAUUUCAUUAUAUUUCCCCGAUACCGGCUAUGUCCAAGGAAUGGCUCCUCUAGCAGCCACGUUGCUAUGCUACUAUGACGAGGAGAGGUGUUUUAUCAUGAUGGUUCGCCUUUGGAGGUAUCGUGGGCUUUCGAGGCUGUAUUCGCCAAAUUUCGAAGGGCUCCUUUCCACCCUGGACGACUUUGAGAAACAUUGGCUUGCGGGAAAGGACGUUGCUUCCAAACUUACUGAAUUAGCCAUUGAUCCGACGGCAUAUGGGACAAGGUGGUAUCUUACACUAUUCAACCUGUCAAUACCAUUUGCUGCUCAGCUCCGUGUCUGGGAUAUCUUUAUGCUCCUGGGAGAAUGCCCGCCUGAAGGGGAAUUGGGCCCUCAGGUUUCCGCAAGAGACUCCGGAGAGGUGACACCACACUUACAACACGCCGAUACUCAGCAAACAUCCAAGACUAAUAAGGAGAAAAGCUUCCUGGCAAAGUUGAGCGAGCGUAGGAGUAAACGACAUCUAAACCAAACAGCUGCAGAAGUGCCGCGAGGUCUUGAUAUCCUCCACGCUACGAGUGCUGCGCUGAUUCACGCCAUGAGGGACGUGUUGCUGGAUGCGGAUUUCGAAAACGCAAUGAAAACACUUACAUCGUGGAUACCAGUUAAGGAUGAGGACCUACUAAUGAAGGUAGCACGAACAGAGUGGAGGGCACAUCAGAAAAAAAGGGACAGAUGA